AUGAACGGGAAGGCGAAUGUUUCUAAAGAGCUCAAUGCCAGGCACAAAAAGGUGUUCUUCAUCCCUUAUCUCGUUACAUUUCCUGUUCGUAGCGUUGCUGAAAGGAUUUGCUUCCUUGCUCUGGCCUCUAUCUUGGAAGGCCUUCUCAAAUUGCCCGAGAAUAGGGAAUGUGCAGACUGCAAGGCAAAGGGUCCAAGAUGGGCAAGUGUGAAUUUGGGUAUCUUUAUAUGCAUGCAGUGUUCUGGGAUCCACAGAAGUCUUGGGGUACACAUAUCAAAGGUUCGAUCUGCGACCCUUGACACUUGGCUUCCGGAGCAGGUUGCAUUUAUCCAGUCCAUGGGAAAUGAAAAGGCAAAUAGCUACUGGGAAGCUGAACUGCCUCCAAACUACGACAGAGUUGGAAUUGAGAAUUUUAUUCGUGCAAAGUAUGAUGAUAAGAGGUGGGUACCUAGGGACGGGAAAGCAAAAUCUCCUCCAAGAAGACAGGAUGAAAGUUAUUUGCAAAGGCCAAAGCCAGUUGAAAGAAGUAAGCAUGGGCACACUAGCAGCUCUGAAAAUUUAUUCGAGGGACGGAGGAAUUCACCAGCACAAAUUUCAAAAGACCGAGUUCCUGCGACAAGAAUAAGUAUUCCUGUACCUCCCAAAGGACCUGAGCAGGUUACACCACCUAAGGCUGUCCAGAAAGUUGAACCUGUGGCAGAGCCAGCUGAAGCCGUAAAGAAGGCAGUUGAUCCUACACCAACUGCCACUCAACCUAAGGUUGAUUAUGCUACUGAUCUUUUCAACAUGCUAUCACUAGAAGGCCCGAAUGAGAAUGGCUCUGAGGCAGCUUCUAGUGAUGAUAAUGGAUGGGCUGGUUUUCAAUCUGCUGCUGUUGCUGCGGCCACUGCUAAUGGAGAAGCAUCGACAACUGAUAAAGCUGAUCCACAAAAGAUGGGGUCGAAUAACACUCAUUCAACCCCUGUUAUUGAGGAUUUAUUUAAAGAUGAACCUUCUCUAGCAACAUCUUCACUCUCUCAGAAACCCCAGAAGGAUGUUAAGACUGACAUUAUGAGCCUUUUUGAGAAGUCCAAUAUGGUAUCUCCAUAUGCUAUGCAUCAGCAACAAAUUGCUAUGUUAGCGCAGCAACAAUCCCUUCUCAUGGCAGCUGCAGCAAAAUCAGCUGGUGGUUCUGGUUCCACCAACAGUCAGCAACAACUUGCUCUGCUAGCGCAGCAACAAUCCCUUCUAAUGGCAGCGGCAGCAAAAUCAGCUGGUGGUUCUGGUUCGACCAACGGUCAACAACCCGGGGCCAAUGGUAUUAAUUUGCCAGCUCAAACUUGGCCCAACGCUGGGUACCAGAUUCCUGGUUUGAUGGUGCCUGUGGCCAUGCAAAGCGACGUACAGAAACUUAUGCAGAGUGGUAAUUUAGCAACAACAACACAGCCGAUGGGAGUCUCUGCACCAUAUCCAGCAUCUAGCUUUUAUAGCAUGGGACAAGGAACCCCGGUUGUUAAUGGGGUGAGCACAACGGCUGGGGCGAGUAAACCGCAAUCGGCAACUCCAGUAGUAGCAUCCAGCAAUUCGUCGCAGACUGCUGCAGCAAAAGAAGAAGAAGCAGCAGCAGAAGAAGAAAGGCUGAGCAUUCCAACAGGAGGAAGAACAAUGGCGAUCCAGCACGGUUCUGGGCUCGGACUACUACAUUGUGUUAUUCUCUUAUGCUCCGUCGGAUUCCUCUGUUUCAUUACUGCAGAAGCUGCGGUGAAGAAGUAUCAGUUCAAUGUUCAAGUGAAGAAUGUGAGCAGACUAUGCAACGCUAAGCCGAUCGUGACAGUGAAUGGGAUGUUCCCUGGACCGACCAUUUACGCCAGGGAAGGAGAUCAAGUUCUUAUUAAUGUCACCAAUUCUGCACAAUACAACAUGUCCAUUCAUUGGCAUGGACUGAAGCAGUUUCGAAACGGUUGGGCUGAUGGACCGGCAUACAUAACACAGUGCCCCAUCAAGCCAAGCAACUCCUACACUUACGCCUUCAACAUCACAGGCCAACGAGGCACGCUGUGGUGGCACGCUCACAUUCUGUGGCUCCGAGCUACGGUCUAUGGAGCUAUCGUCAUUAUGCCACAAACACCGGCUCAGUUCCCUUUCCCUCAACCUCACCAGGAAACCAACAUCAUCUUAGGGGAAUGGUGGAACUCGGAUGUUGAAACACUCGUCAACCAGGCUAACCAAUUGGGAUUGCCUCCACCUUCUUCAGAUGCUCAUACCAUCAACGGGAAGCCUGGCCCUCUUUUCCCUUGCUCCGAGAAACACACAUUUGCAAUGGAAGUGGAGUCAGGAAAGACAUACCUCCUCAGGAUCAUCAACGCAGCACUCAACGACGAGCUAUUCUUCGCAGUAGCAGGCCACACCAUGACCGUCGUAGAGAUCGACGCGGUCUACACCAAGCCCUUCGCGACUCGAGCCAUACUAAUCGCUCCAGGCCAGACCACAAACGUCCUCGUUAAAGCUGACCAACUUCCUGACAGGUAUUUUAUGGCUGCUAAGCCCUUUAUGGACGCACCAGUUCCUGUGGACAACAAAACGGUGACAGCAAUCCUUCAGUACAAAGGCAUUUCCACCGCCAUCCUGCCAAAGCUCCCUACUUCAUUACCGGCCUCGAACGACACCAAAUUCGCCCUCGACUACGCCUCCAAGCUCAAGAGCCUCAACACCGCUCAGUUCCCAGCUAAUGUCCCUCUUAAAGUCGACCGACACAUGUUCUACACCAUCGGACUGGGGAAAAACCCAUGCCCGAGCUGCCAGAACGACACCAAAAUUUCGGCAUCACUGAACAACAUCACGUUCGUGAUGCCGAAAGUUGGCCUGCUACAGGCACAUUACUUCAACACUUCAGGAGUUUUCAAAACCGAUUUUCCUGACAGGCCUCCCAAGUCAUUUAACUACACCGGGGCGCCUUUAACGGCUAACCUUGCCACUUCUCUAGGGACCAGGCUGAGCAAGCUGGCUUUCAAUACGACCGUGGAGCUGGUGCUUCAGGAUACGAAUCUCCUGACCGUCGAAUCACACCCUUUCCAUCUCCAUGGCUACAACUUCUUUGUGGUUGGCACCGGUGUCGGUAACUUCGACCAGACAAAGGAUCCUGCCAAGUUUAACCUUGUGGAUCCACCUGAGAGGAACACCGUUGGGGUGCCGACUGGUGGGUGGACCGCCAUCAGGUUUCGAGCCGAUAACCCGGGAGUCUGGUUCAUGCACUGUCACUUGGAGCUUCACACAAUGUGGGGAUUGAAGAUGGCUUUCGUCGUGGAAGAUGGUAAAUCUCCUGAACAGAAGGUUUUGCCUCCACCAAGUGACCUUCCACCUUGCUAAUUACAAAAGGGGAAAAAAACAACGUCGUGUUUGUAUCGAGUUUGAAGAAGUUGGCUUCACAAGACAAAUGAAGACCUGCUAUUGCCUAUUGCGUUUCCCACUUUCAUUUCAUUGUUUUCUUCUCAAUGCUAAUAAGAUCCACAAGAAAGGAAUAUUGUUAAACAAAUGGUAGAGAAAUUUGAAAUUUAAUGGUUUGGCCAACAUUCAUUUUUUUCUGUUUGUAACAAUCUAAGCUUUCUAUGAACAACCAUACACAAUGUAACAGAAUCUUAUUUUUUUUUCUUGGGGUCAAUGGAACUUAAAACCCUGGGGAGCAGCAACCUCUGCAAUGUCAUUACUAUGUUCUUCUUGUUCAUCAAUGGAAGCUGUGAGUGUCGAAAGCGGUGCUGGUUCUUUGAAAUCACAGGACUUUUCGGAGUUACAGGACUGCAACUUCUGCUUCAAACGAAUGCUCCUGGAAAAAAUCCCCCAACUUUUCUUGUUCUUCACCAACUUCUCAAUAUCCUCCUUCAUGUCCAAGCACUCCUUCUCGAGCUCCGACACCCUCUCCUUCAUCUCAUCAUCCUCAGGUACCACGAGUCGAAUCUCAUCCUCCAUUCGAUCGAUUACAUUACCGUUGUUAAUCUCGCCGAUGAGGUGGUGGUGAGGGUUGUCCAGAUUAUCAGACACAAAGAACCACCCUGAAACAGUAGUCCUGAGCCUCAAUUGCUCAAAGAACAGAACCUGAAUCACAACCCUGAGAGGCAGCCGUUCAUUCUGAGCAGCGUGUGUGCUUGCUUCCAGAGAAAGCUUCUGACAAUUCAUCAGUCUGCACAACUGUUCCUUCUCCAACUCUGUCAUCCAUGGAUGAGCUUUCAAAUACACAUCAAUCGCAUGGUAAAGCCCAUCAUCCACUGGUCUAGCAUAAUCAGGAAUCGUAGCUGCAAGCGUCUCGAAUUUCGACAGCUUCAUGUUCACAUCAGGAGCGAUCUCCGAAAGAAACCCAUCAAUCAGACUCGCUACAAUCGUCAUCGAAGUUAACGCCUCCCUCUCCACCAUGAACUCUGCCCCUUCUUCGACCAUGAUGGAAGCAGACAAAUUAGCCUCUUGUGACGUGAUCAGGAAGUAAUCGACGAUUCGCUGUAUGCAAUCGACGUCGUAAAGCGUCUCGGAAACGGAGUAGCCCAUGUUUGGUAUCAGGAGAUCCUGCAGAGCAGCUUCGUCAAGCUGAGCUCCCACUCUCCUCUCCAAAUUCUCCCUGCAAUACGAGCUUGCUUGUAAAAAAAUGGCGGCUCGGAGAAUGGAGAGCAAGAAGCUGGUUGGAGUCACUCCCUUUUUGGUGGGCAGUAGCGUGACGAGUUCCUCGAGGUACAUUCGCUGAUCUUCUUCAGAAGGAAGCAAAUUUGAUAUGACCGGAGUCGCACCUGGCCGGAGCUGCUGGCUCGUCAUCAAAGGUAGAUACUUUCGGGCGUAAUACAUCACCGAACCGGAAAUCAUUUCUGGGUUCAUCCCCUUGGAUUCAACCGCCAUUAUCAGACGCUUGUAGAGAUGCAAAUUGAGGAACGAGACGUCAUCAAACCACCACCCCUGUAAAUGCUCUGCUUUUUGCCCUGCCGCCGAUGAAAUCCCAUUCCAGGCGACUACGUUCUCGUCGGAGAUUUCAAUCGCCGGUGUGGAUUGAGGUAGAUGGGUAAUCGAAUCUGGAAUACUAGAACAACAUGCUUUCGUUGCCAAUGAAUCGAUGCAGCGGGAGACGAUGUAGAGAUCUUCCGCCGGACGGAGAACUUCCUGACAGGUUUUCAGAGCCCUGAGUGAAUCGGUCCAAUCGGUGAAAACCUCUUUCAAGAACUGGUCGGUUUGCAGAAUCAGAUUCUUCUCCCCGAAAUCUUCAGUCAUCUGAAGGUACUCCGCCGCGCAUCUCAGGCUGACGAUGUUGAGAGCUGUUAGCUCGAAUUUGACUCCAUAGCAGAAUUUCAUGGCGAGCUCAAAAGCCUUGGCACCGCCUGGAAGAUCGGGGAGCUUUAAUGCGCAGACGGAUCCAUCCUCGAAGGGGAGUUGUUCGAUGAGCUUGCUUAACAAACCGCUUCUUGAAAUCAAUGGAACCUUGUGAAGAUUAAAGCACAUAUCUUGGACUUCAAUGGCGACAUCACUUGAAAGCCCACUUGAGCAAAACC